AAUGAUUAUGUAGAUUUUUGCGUACUCUCAAAUUGUGCGUGCGUAACAAAGCACGUCCUGAAGGGUCCAUUACUGAAGCGUACGUGGACAGUGAAUGCGUCACAUUUUGUUCAAAAUUUCUCGAAGGGAUUGAGACACGGUUCAAUCGAGAAGAAAUAAAUAGUGAGAGGGACUGCAACAAUAAUUGGUCCACUAUUUCAGAUCUAAAGCAAGUGGUUCGACCUCUAGGGGCACAAAAUUUGGAGAUAUUACCCCGUGAGGAGUUGGAGAUGGCUCGAUUGUACGUGUUACAAAAUUCUGGAAUAGUUGAGUCAUACGAAGAAAAACACAAGGUAGAACUUGAGAGACAAGAUCCGUGCAAUGUUCCUAAAAGACAUGCAAAAGAAUUUUCGAGAUGGUUUGAAAAACAAGUAAGUCCAUCGUGUACAUAUUGGAAUUAAUUAAAUCAUACUCUUUAAUUAAUUUAAAUGAUGUCGUUCAUUUGCUUAACACUAUUUUUUUUUCAAUAGAUAAAGGAAAUGCGUCAUCAUCAUAGGGAAACAACUAGUGAUGAUUUAUAUUCUUUAGCAUGUGGACCUCUAAGUCGAGUAAGUCGAUAUUCUGCUUGCAUUGUAAAUAGGAUUAGGUUCCAUACUAAGGAAAGGGAGCGAAAUCGACGAACACAGAAUAGUGGUGUGUUAGUGAAAGGAGAAAGCGAAGAUUACUAUGGUGUUCUAACAUAUAUCAUUGAGUUACGAUAUCUUUUGGGUAGACAAGUUUUUCUUUUCAAAUGUGAUUGGUUUGAUGUUAGGAGUGGUAUACAUAAAGAUACCUAUUUCACGAGCGUAAAUGUAGCUAGUAGAGCAUACAAAAAUGAGCCAUUUGUGUUAGCAAAUCAAGCAAAACAAUAUUUCUACGUCAAAGACAACAAAUUGCAAGGAACAUGGGAGGUAGUUCAAGAUAUAACAAAUAGAAGCUCAUUUGAUGUACUUGAAGUAGAGGUCGAAGCCGGAGUAGAGGAUGAAAUGCUCAAUGCUCCAGCAUACCAAGAGAAUGAACCAAGCAUCGUUGAUAGGGUGGUUGAAGCAGACUUGGACAUGGAUCCACUCCCAUUGAACAGGGGUGAUUUGGAAAGUGAAAUUCUUGAUGCUGAAAUGAUUCAAAAAUGUAGGGGUGAAGCAGCAAUUAAUGAGGACUUUUGGGUUGUCGUGAAUGAUGAUGGAACUGACAUUGACUAUAGUUCAGAUGAGGAAUCAGAAUUACUGUCCGAAGAUGAUACUAAUUUGGAUGACAUGUGAAACUUACGUAAUGUUGAGCAUGGACUUUAUUUCCUUUGUUUUGAUCUGGUUCCAGUUUGUAGCUAGUUUGGCUUUUUCUUUUGUGCCUUGAGCUUUUGGUUCCCCUUUCUUUUGAUUGUUCACUCCUUUAAUAGAUAUGCAACUUAUAUAAAGUUUUUGGCUGUAACUAACCAUCCUCCAAUCAUAUCUAGCAGAAAAUGUUUAUAUCUUGUUUGCUCCUUUAAUAGAAUAUGAUGGCCGGACAUAUCAUGGAAUCUGAUUCCUUAAAAUAGAUCUCAUUUUUUAUGUUGCUAUAGUUUCUACCAUUUGAUUUCUAUUAGACUAUUUAUAGAUCACUAAAUUUACAUUUUCUGUUUAUAUUCUGAAGCAUGGUAGUUUAAUAAUUAUGGACACCUCUGAGGCCCCAAUGCGUAGAGUAUUAAGGUCCCGAGUGGCUCAAACUGAGCCACCAGAUACAAGUUUACCUGCUAGCUUGCCUCAAACUGAGGCACCAUCUAUAAGUUUACCUGCUGCAUAACAGAAUGGAGAAGGUGGUGGUAGCAAUUCAACAAAUCAGCAGCUUAGUAUUGAAGGUGACGGUAGUAAUUCACAGACGAGGCCACAACCAAGUGGAGGCCCAAAGCGAAAAGGCCAUGGAAAAGCGAAGAAUGUCGCCCUACAAAAAGCUAAGGCACUCUAUGGAAAAGAUGUUCCAAUUCCAGUAGAGUUUGGGACGAGGUAUAUUAAACCCGUAGGAAAAAAUAGCAAAUUAUGGAUGGCAGAAGUUGGCAUCCACACGAGAGAUAAAGAAGCACUACUAAAUUUCAAAACGUGGAGGGAUAUUCCAGAAUCUGAGAGACAGGUCUGCUAUGACCAUUUUAAGGAGAUCUUUGCAGUGGAUGCACAUGCUAGUGAAAUUGAUUUUAAGCGAGUAACUGGUGGAGUUUCUGAAAGUUUGAGAAAAUAUAGACAUAGAUUGAAGAAUCAUUUUGACAAGCAUCUUCCAUUUGAGAAUGCACGCUUGCAUCCUUAUGUAGGCAUUCAUAUUGAUCUUUGGAAAAACUUGUGCGAUUGGUGGAUGUCACCAGAAUUUCAGGUAAAAGAAAGUGAAGAAAGGCAGAGUGAAGAGGAUGGGGAAGUUGAAAGUCACCAGGAGGGUCCUGCUAUUCGCCUGUACAAGGAGACACAUUGUAGGGAAGAAACUGGAUGGGUACAUGAGAAAGCUAAGCGGAACUACGAUGAAAUGAUGGAUAAGCCUUCCCAAAUUUGUCAAAAUUCUGAUAGUACCAGUCCAGUGAGAAAUGAUGUUGAGAUAGUGCAAAACUAACUAGGUAUCAGGAAAGGAUAUCCCUGUGGGUUCGGACAUGGUUUCGUGAUUCCAAGCCGUCAACGUGCAUUCUCAUCUUAUGAAGAGGCUUCUCGUAAAAGUGCAGAAAUUGCUGAGGAAAAUAAUGCACAACUGAAGGAGGAAGUAAAAGGUUUGCGGGAAUAUAUGGAAAGAAUUGAGAAGAUGUUUCAACAGCAGCAGCAGUAGCAGCCGCCGCCAUGGUGGCAAUAUCAGCAAUCCUCAUCAGAUUCCCAACAAGAAGCAGCCCCGCCAAGCGGGUAUGAGCAUCCAUCACCCCCAGACUCUCACCUUCAACAGUCGCCACCACUAUGAUGGCAAUAUCAGCAGCCGCCGCCACCAUGGAGGCGAUAUCAUAACCACCUGCAAUACCCCUAAUUUUAAAUAGGAUAGUUCUGGAAUUUAUUUAAAUGUUUAAUUGUGUUUUUAGUUUAUUUAGUUGGUUAUUUGUA